UUCAUAUUGCUUUUUUCUCCAACUCACUCAUUACAUACAAAUACAUAAAUAAAUAAGAAAAAUUUCCAUAAAUCAGAAGUAAAAAGAAUCUCAUACGCAAAAUAAUAAAAUUAAAAAUUGAUACGUCACACACAAUCCACAACGUUAAUUCGCUUCUUCUCUUCUAUAAAACCCUUCCUCACUCAUCUUCCUCCUCACACCAAAACAUUUUCCUAAAAAAAAAAAAAACUCAAAACUCAAAACCAUCUUUGUGAAAAAAAAAUGGAAGGAAGACAAUAUUACCCUCCGAGAGAAAACGUUGAAGGAAACAGAACCACCAUGGGAGGAGGACCUCACUCACCGUGGCAUUCACCGGUUCCUUAUCUCUUUGGUGGUUUAGCAGCGAUGCUUGGUCUCAUAGCUUUUGCUCUUCUAAUCCUCGCUUGCUCUUACUGGCGUCUCUCCGGUUAUCUAGACGGCGAGGAAAACCAGAGCAGAGAGAGAGAUCUUGAAGUCGGAGAUGUGAAACCUGACAAAACGGCGGUGAAGCCUGUAGCUUUGCCGGAGAAGUUCUUGGUGAUUAUGGCCGGAAAUGUCAAACCUACUUACUUAGCAACGCCGUCGGUAAAAACGUGUACUUGUGACGAUGAUGACGAUGAAGAUGAUGACGUGGAGGGAAGUGAUCAGGUGGUGCCGCGGAGUAGUGAAAGUAACGGUGAGACACAUUGACAAAACCAGAGGAAGGGAAGAGAAAAACAGAGGAUCGUCUUAUUGUGAACAGUUCUGAAGAACUGUUUGCAGCAUCUGACCCGGUUGCGUCGGGUAUUCGGGUUGGAUCAUAACUCUACUUGAUGAUGAGUAAUAUUGGAAAAAAUUGGAAUUGGGAUUGAAUUAUUAGGAGUUGUUCUGAUCAAUGAUGUAUUUAAAAAAUCUUAGCUUUUGCCUUUUGCAUCGUUAAUUCGUUUUUUUUUUUUUUGUAAGUUUUGUGCCAUAUCUAGGUCAUGAUGAGGGAUAAAAUGUAAAUUUCUGAGACUUUGAAUGUGAAAUUUGUGAUUUAUGGAAUUGAGAAUGAAAAAACAAAUAACUAUCUGAGACUUCAAUGAAAAUAUCUUGAUUAUUUUAAAAAUUCACCAAAAAAAAAAGGUGAUUAAAUGAUGAAAAAAUUGUACUGUUCCAGUACAUGUUUUUUCGUGGGAUUAAUGUGACAAUUGUGGUCCGAACAAAAAAGAAAACAGAGAAAAUAUCAAAAGAUUCUUCAGGUGAGAAAAUUGAAGUGAGGA